GCAUACUCAAUUUCCACCAGCCUAUCUGGCAAAAAAAACCUUUCCACCCCUCUUGUUACAUUACAGAAUAGGAUACUGAGCCAUGGCGACCAAAUGGGAGCGAUUUAAACGUGCCUUCUUCCGGCGAUAUAAGCUCACUAAAAAAAGUAUUGGGGUCACCGUGUUAGUCAUCGUCAUCUUUGGCCUUACCUUGUAUUUUAUGAAUGUCAUGGCAAACGUUGCUUCGUAUCUCUCGCCAGACAACACAACAACACCCAAAUUAUCGGACCGACUCUUUGAAGUGAUCCCUUCAAUCAAACUACUUUGGCUAACAGAUUUAGCAGAUGCUGUCAUGUUUGUCCCAACUGUGCUAUUGGUCUUGACACAUUAUCGUCCAUUAUACCUUCUCUGCAAGGUACUGUUGACAUGGGCGCUCUGCAAUCUCAUGCGUAUUACUACAGUCGCCAUCACCUCCUUCCCAGAUCCGCGUGAUGGAUGUAUUCACUCUGUCGGCCAAUUCUUUACCACUUUCACGCUCCACCGAUGUGGCGAUUGCAUGUUCAGCGGGCACACCGUCAUUUUUGUGAUCUCUGCUCUUGUUUGGACCAGUCAUGGCUAUCACCGCUUCCCUCAUCGAUAUCGAUGGCUGGCUUGGAUCUGUUUGAUCUUUGUCUGGGCCCUCUGUAUUGGUUCCGCUAUUAUUGUCAUAGCUAAUCGCGCUCAUUAUACGGUCGAUAUCUUGGUUGCAUUUUAUGUCGGGGGCGGAAACUGGUAUAUUUGGACAUACGUCCUGGAUCGAUAUGUUGAAGAAAAGGGACAUCUCCGAGACCUGACACAUCCAUGGGGCGAUGGACCUGAUGUCAGGGACCAUAUCCAACGACGGGAGGAGAAACGCAGGCAACGGAAAGCUGCAGAGGAUGUAGAAAAGGAGGCUAUGGCCAAUGAACAGGCAUAUGUAGCGACGCCAAUGACCUCAGUUCUGACAGAGAUCCCUCCAUCUUCAACUUCAGCUUCAGUCCCACAAAGUGAGUCAUUCAACACAGCACGUUAUAAUCAGGGUAUCCGAGCGCUCCCAGGAAGUUCUGGCAUUAAUAGAUCUGAGCCAAUGACGAAGUCUAUAGAAAAUACCCAAAACCCUACCGCUCCUACUCGCUCUGUCCCUGCUAGUACUUCUCACGAUCAAAUAGUACCGGCCGCUGAAUCAGAGCCGAUCCAUCUUCUUCCAGGCCAGGUUCAUACUGGAACUCUUAAACCCAACAACACCACUUGAAGAAGGACGUCAUAAUCAUACUCCGCAAAACAUAUACAGG